CUGAAGGUGCCGGGUUCGUGAACUCUCUGCCCGCAUGUCGUUGUGCCCUGCCGCCGGCAUGCCUUCCCCGGAGGAGGCGUCCAACGGCUUCUCUCAACAGCCCGGCGCCUCGGGCGCGUGGCAGAAGCCAGGGGAUGAGGUGCGGCUGGCGGAGACCGGCUUGGUGAAGAAGGCUCACCGGGAGAUCCUGGACCACGAGCGGAAACGGCGGGUGGAGCUGAAAUGCAUGGAGUUACAGGAGAUGAUGGAGGAACAGGGAUACUCUGAGGAGGAGAUCCGCCAGAAAGUGGGGACUUUCCGACAGAUGCUGAUGGAAAAGGAAGGCGUGCUCACCCGGGAAGAUCAGCACGGACGCCACAUAGUGAUCGAAAACCAUCACAUGAUGGACCGAGAGGAGUACGCCAUGGAAUAUGCAGACUACGUAGAAAACUGUCCCCUUCGGUGUGACUGUAUAAGUGACUGCUACCGAGAUGACAGUAGUCACCAUGAAUACAGGCUGAAGAGGAAGUCCAGCAGCUCCACCUCACCUCCGCCAAAGAAGAAAAAGAAAAAGAAAUCAGGUCACCGCCGGAGUCGCAAAAAAAGGAAGCCUGGAUCCGAACGCAGUGGGGAUAGCUCUUCCCCAGCCCGGAAAGAAAAAAAGAAGAAAACUGGGAAAAAACAUCGAAGAGAGAGCAGGUCUGCAUCAGGAGCACGUAAGAAGAGGAGGCACAGGUCCAGAAGUCUCAAGAACAAAAGAAAAGGGAAAAGCAAAGACAGAAAGAGGUCCCACAGUGAGUCCUCGGCCAGGCAUUCCCACCGACGCAGUAGCUGCAGUUCCCGCAGUGCCUCCCUCUCCUCCGAUUACAGCGAUUGCAAAUCAACAAGCCGGUUGAGCCCAGACUAUAGGGAGGAAGGCCAGAAGGCCAGCAGUCACCAGUCUAGCCAGAGUCCGUCCUCCUCCGGCACCGGCCACAGCCGAUCCGCCACCCCGCACCAAAACGGGCACAAGGGCAGUGCCCAGAACGGCCGACACAGCCACGGGCCUCUCGCCGAGAAAAAAACGGAGCAGAGGAUACGCUCUGCCUCACCUUCGUCCAGGGGGCACGGCAAGAAUGAAGCCCCGUCGCCUCACUUGAAAGAUGGCCGGGCGGUGAAACAUGGACCGAAGAGCCCCAGCCGGUCCACUUCGCCCGGACGGGGUUCCGGAGGAGAGAAACGGGCUCACAAGGGCCGGGCCAGGUCCGCGUCGGCGACACAGAAGCACAAGAGGCGCAGCAGGGCCAAGACUUCAGCAGCCAAGGGGUCCCCCCGUUCCAUCAGCCAGACGGGCUACAGCAGUGACUCGGAGGGCUCUGCCUGCUCACGUCCGUACCGCACACCGAUGGGGGCUGAAAAGAACCAUGGGGUACACCUGAAAAUCGCAAAGGAGAGGCAUCAUCAUCGGGGAAGACCACACAGCUGUUCCCCGACCCCGGCCAAACACUCCAAGCACAACGCAGAGCGGAGGAAGACCCUGUCGCGCAGCAGCUCCUGGACCUCCAGCCACUCCCCUUCCAAAUCCCGGUCCCGGUCCCGGGAGAAGAGAGCGGCCCGCAGCAGGACACGGUCUGGAUCGCAGAAAAAAAUCGCGAGCAGCAGAGAGAAAGAGAAUGAGCCACGAACACGUCAUAGCGACACCGAACCAACCCGGGCCCGGCGUCGCUCCCGAAGUUAUUCCCCCAUCCGCAAGCGGCGACGUGAUUCACCCAGCUUCAUGGAGCCCAGGAGAAUUACGAGUGCCCGCAAGCGUCCGAUCCCCUACUACCGACCCAGCCCUUCCUCUUCCAGCUCCCUCACGAGCUACUCCUACAGCCGGAGUCGCAGCCGGAGCUAUGACAGCUACAGCAGCAGCCGGAGCCGGACUCGCACCCCGAGCCGUAGUCCCAGCUACAACAGCCGGAGCAGCUCCGAAAGCGCCGGAUUUUGACGGGCUCGGUCGUGGUCUCCAGACGCGAAGGGGCUUGGCCUUCUCUCCGUCGUCCUCUUCUACCCGUCUGGUCCGGCGAGCCCGAUUCAGUUCUUCAACCAGCACCAGCCUUUGCCCUCCUCCUCCGUCUCAUCCGGAGCACCAUCUCGAGGUCCCUGGAGAUACUGGAGACGUCCUGUAGGCGAGGGGCCCCGGAGUCUGUCUUGCCAUUAGUUGGGGAUCUACGGGACUUCUGUAAAGGAGGGGGAAGGAGAAACUGACGGGUGGCCUGCCAAAAAGGCAGUGUGGCGGAAAGAGAAACUGACAAGCCAGCUAGUUCAAAAUGCAGGAUCCGGUGGAGUUUGGAAACGGCACUGGGGGAGAUCCUUAAUAUUUGGGUCUCUCCCAACGGGCCAAGGACCACUUCCAGAGUUUACCCCACUGGGAUCUUGAAGUCCAGCUGCUUGAGUGAAGUAGCAACUGGGUGGUGGACUUCUUCAUUAUUUUCUUUCUUUGUUUUUUUCCCCCCUUCUUUUCUCCCCACCCCACCCCAUUCUCCCACCCACCUUCUGGAUCUUCUCGUUUCUUAUUAGUAAAAAAGUGGGGAAGGGCCUCCAAAGGGAGGAUUUAAAACAAACAAACAAACAAACCUUCUAAGGUGAAGUGAGACGCACAAGAGCCAAGGAACAAAAUCCAGCCCCAUCGAGAAACUCGGGACAAGAGGGAAGAAAAGGCUAGGGUGUCCUCUUAAUUUAUUAAUUUAUCUAUUUAUUUAUUUAUUUA